CGUUAUAAUGUCGGGCGUCGUCCAUUUUUAAAAACUACAGCUGUGCAGCCGUGUUUCAUUUUAUUCAUUACGUUUUACAUAUCACGGACACGAAUCCAAAUAUAAACCCACACUGAUUUUGGUCUCUGCAUUUAAAAGACCAAAAUAAUGGCUGGUCAGGCUGUGGUACAGCCGGAAUCACUGCUUAAUUUAGAUGACUUGUUGCAAUGUCCAGUAUGCUAUGAAAUUCCAUCAGGACAGAUAUUUCAAUGUAAUGAGGGCCACCAUGUAUGUGGCAGAUGCAAAGCACGUCUCGAUGUCUGCCCAGUGUGUCGAGCUCUUUUCUUUGGCACACGAAACUAUGCUAUGGAAGAACUUAUUGCCAAUUUUAAAAAAUUAAAAGCAUUUAAAGUAGGUAACAAACAAGUGGGAUCUGGAUCCUCGGAGAGUAGUACAACAGCUCAAGACACUGUGUCAGCAGAAACUGAAAAUGAUGCAGGUGAAAAUAAUUCAAAUGAAUCAAAUCAAGUCACUGUGAGGGUGCCACAAGCCUGCAAGGGCGUCUUUCGCUGCCUCUGUUGCAAAAAUGGAAACGCUGAGAAGUUGCCCGCUGCGCGUUUACUUAACCACCUGCGUUAUUUUCAUUCUCCUGAUCUUAUUGAGGGUCAGUCCGAAUUUGGAGAAUAUGUACAAGCUUGGGAGUUUAGCACUAGACCAGGCAGAAUUGUGACUGCUGUACGUGUUUCUGAUAUGGGCAUCUACUUUUUAGUCAUUGAUAUAGAGGAUAGUCGUAUUUAUGCUUGGUUGACUAUGGCCGCUUCACCAUCGGUGGCCAAUACAUUCUCGUACACACUUACCUUAUCUGGUAAUGACCGUGAAGCCAUAUUUACAGAUUGUGUAUUAUCCGUGAGAUCUUGUGAAGGUACUCUUAAGAAAAGAGGCCAUGCCUUAUUUGUUACGGGACUGAAUGCUAUAGCAUUGACUUCGGCGAGUGCGCUGAACGCUAAAUUAUCUUUGCGUCCGACGCCCCCUGAACAGUUGGCGCAUCAGACGCAGCCGCGCGCCGUCAUGAGGGUUGCCACACGCGGGAGCAACAGAGACAGCACCACACAGGACAUCUCCCUCCCUGGUGCCGCACAACCUCGGGCCAACAGCGCUAUGCAAGACUUAUACGAUGAAACUGUCAACCUGCGCACACAAUUAGCGGCACUUCAGGAUCUUGGACAUGAAAAUGAUUAUGCAUUAGGGUUGGCGCGAGUGUUUGGCGCAAUACGCUUAGCAAAUCGUUCCGCUGCAGAGGGAGAUAAUGGAAGACUGAGUGACGAUGAUACGGCAUCGUCUACGUCACCUGCGCCACCGCCGGCUCCGGCGCCUGCGCCUGCGCCUACGCCUGCGCAGCCGAUGUCCCGCAACGCGCGCAGGCGCAUGCGGCAACGCAUGAGGAUGGCAUUGAACGAGGACACGCCCGCGACAUCACUACAAAACGGACAUGUUCAAAUUAAUAUAGUUCCACAAUCAGCUCCUCAGUCGGCACAAAUUAACUUACCAAAUGGACCUUCCACUUCCGCAAACUCUCAGAAUACAAACCAGACGCGUAAUAAGAAAAAGCGUCGCCAGCGCAAAUAAAUGUGACUAAGUGAUUUGUAUUUCAUGUUACAUUUCAAAGUAACGUUAUAAUUUUGAAUCCUGGACGUGUUGAAGUAGAAUCUGAUAGGAUGUCCGGGAAAAAUCUUUAUUUUAUGUAAAUAAUUAGCUAUCUUAAUAUAGCAAUUUUAUUGCUUAACCAUUGACUUGUUGCUAAAGCAUUGACUAUCAAUAAAUUAAGCUUCUUUUUGUGAAAUAGGAAGAAGACAAAAAAAAUACAUAUGUGUGUUUGGAUAUUUUUAAUGAUAUGGAUAAUUAGUGAAAAAAAAAGAAGAGACAAAAUGGCACUUAGGCCAUACUUCAAUAUUAAUUCUUGCUGAUGUAGAAUUGAAUUUGUUUAUGAUAGUAUUAGCUAGUAUAUAAGAAUGGACAUAAUAAGCUUAACUUUUGCUUUAGGACCCUGAACAUCCAUGGCUAUGUGUAAUGCAACUGCUUUCUUGUAAAUAAUUAACUAAUGUCUCUUGACAUUACAAAUCUAACUGAGCUGUGAUAAACUUUUGUUGCAAGGCAAGAACUACAUGUGAAAUGUCCUGAAAUCUCCAUAGAAUUAGGUUUUUAGUUAUUAUGAAGAAACAUGUUCAUCAGCUCUCGUAUCUUUGAAUCUGAAUGAAAACCACUACAAAGAUGGCUACUGCCAUUUGCUUAUCAAAUGUUAUAUAUUGUGAACCCAUCGCAAUUAACGAUAAUUUAGUUAAAAUGAAAACCCUUUUUACAAUUUUCAACAAUGCUGUUUAUUUUACAAUAAUGUUUUGCAUUUUGUUGUUUAGUUGUGUAUCGCAGUCACUAGUGUGGGGAUUACUUGAAUUUAUUGUUCAAAUUAGUUAUCGACAUAAUUGGUUAUGUUUAUUGAGUAAUGUCUGUUACAUGUUCUAUUGAAAAUAAUUAAAAUAUUUGAAUUUAAAGA